UACCACCAUCAGCUCAAAACGAAUAGCAGCCACAUACGAACAGACACAAAAAAAUUCAGAAUUGAAGCACGGAACAAAGAAAAAAAAUCUUCUUCCCCCUUCAUUGAACCUUCAAAUUCUAGGUUGUGAACUAGUAUAGCUUUUUGAGGUUUCUAGGUUGUAAUAUACUAGUACUCAAUGUCAACUUCUUGUGCCACUAUUGGAACUGAAUGGUUGAAUCCUGUAGGUACAAGAUUAGCUCUGCCUGGAAGAAAUAAUAAUUUCAGGGGAAAAUGCGAAUUGAGUAGAAGGGGUUUUGCUUUUAAUGGUACAGUUGCUGCUGGAGCUUCAGUUAUGAUCACUUCUGUAGUUGCUGAACCCUCUAAAGGUUUGGAGAAAUUACCAUUUAAGCCAGAGGGGUACAACUAUUGGACGUGGCGCGGCCACAAAAUUCAUUAUGUAGUGGAAGGAGAAGGAUUUCCAGUUGUUCUAAUUCAUGGAUUUGGUGCUUCUGCCUUUCACUGGAGGUACAACAUACCAGAACUGGCUAAAAAAUACAAGGUUUAUGCUCUGGAUUUGAUAGGAUUUGGUUGGAGCGAGAAGCCACUGAUAGAAUAUGAUGCCUUCAUUUGGAGAGAUCAGGUUGUCGACUUCUUGAAGGAAAUUGUGAUAGAACCAGCAGUUUUAGUGGGAAACAGUCUUGGGGGAUUUACUGCUUUGGUAGCAGCAGCGUUUCUCACCGAUCAAGUCAAGGGAGUUACACUGUUGAAUAGCGCAGGACAAUUUGGGGAUGCCAGCAGUGCAGCUGAAGGAACUGAAGAAACAGCCUUACAGAUAUAUAUUCUAAAUCCACUAAAGGAAAGCUUUCAACGUGUAUUCCUUGGAUUCUUAUUCUGGCAAGUAAAGCAACCAGCUCUUAUUGAAUCUGUUCUGAAGAGUGUCUACAUUAAUUCUUCAAACGUCGACGACUAUCUCAUCAAUUCAAUUACUAGACCUACAGCUGACCCAAAUGCAGGGGAGGUUUAUUACCGAUUAGUGACGCGAUUCAUAUUAAACCUGAGAAAGUAUACACUUGACAAUGUGUUGAGAAAUCUUUCUUGCCCAUUGCUGUUGGUGUGGGGUGACCUAGACCCUUUGGCUGGUCCUGCCAAUGCCAAUCGAAUCAAGGAGUUCUAUCCAAACACAACCGUCGUUAACCUGAAAGCAGGGCAUUGUCCCCACGAUGAAGUUCCAGAACUAGUGAAUGAAGCUUUGUUGGAGUGGUUGUCAAGCACGGUAACACCAGCAUCUUCUCUUGAAACAUUAUCAGAAAUUUAGCUUCAUUGCUACCCUUACAUAUGCAGUGAGCUAUGUUGUAAAAUAUACUGUAUAGUCCUCCAAAUACAAUCUGAUUCAUAUUAUACGAGAUUUUGGUGACAUAUGAGAUAGGUUGAUUCGACCUAAUAGUGAAGUCAGCUUGAUCCAAAGAGUAACUCAUCUUCUCCUAUAUUCUAUUUGUUUAAUUGAAUAGAAAGAAGAAAGUUUGGAAUUGUA